AUGGGGAGCAAGGCCAUCAUUCGAAGCUGCGGGAUCAUAGCCGUGUUUCUUAUGAUCAUAGAGAAUUUCAACAAACCAUACUUUCCCGAAGAAAAUUACAAAGUACAUCUACUUGAUUCACCUAAAGACGGAGAGCAUAUCUUCACCGCGGUUGCGUUUGAUGACGAUGAUGAAGAUUGGACAGCGAGCAGCCCCUGUGCGAAGAUAAUAUACGGGCUUCGGGGUGACCACAGCGACAGUGUCUUCAGUAUCUUCCCAAACAAUGGAUCGAUUCACAUAAAAUCUGCACAAAACUUUGACAAGAGCCAAUACAGACUGAUAAUAACCGCUGUGAAUGAGCAGAUUGACGGAGAGGUGACUGAACCGACGUCAUCUGCCUCACUGACAGUUAUAGUUGUUGAGGAGAAGAAGGAAGGGUCGCAUCUUAACUUUGCCCACGAUACUCAAGGAGACACUGAUGUCCACCACAGAGCCAAACGUGAAGUGCCUGUUCCAAAUAAAGCCAUACCCGACAAUGCUACCUUCACCAUCCACAAGAUGGGCAAGUACGAGAACGUGACCACACUUAGAGUUGGGGAAAAAGUGAAAACGCAGUUGAUGAUUCAUUUUCCUAUGGGGACAACCGACAUGUAUGUGGAACUCUUUACCCCUCUCAACCAGACAACCAUUAUGAAAUUGUGCAACCCUGUAAUUUCUCAUGUCGGUGAGAAUCUGAAAGACUUCAACCGAACGCUGGCUGAACCGUCUCUGGAAGCUCAAGACGGAUCCACAAAUUAUGACAGAGCCGUAAUCGAACUCGGUAAUGUGACGAACGACGGAAGCAAUCCAACUGACUACACUGCAAGUAUGAUAUAUAUCGACUUCAUCGCUAUAGUGAUUGACACGGAAGGUGUUGCAAACAACUCCAAGCAGUGGCUGACUGCUGGAGCCGCCUACAACGAUCAGGAAUUUAUCUGGGUUGGUCAGGCCGCGUACGAAAUUGUGCAAAGCGACAACAACCCACCUCGACCGGCACAGUUCAACUUCACGGGUCCAACGGAGAUGGCCCUAGAUACCUCCGCUGUUUUCAAGGUGGACAUGUUUAUCUCUCAUCCGUCUGCGCAGGUGCGCGUUGAUGCCUUUGCACCUCUGAACACCAGCACGGUAAUGUCUGUUUGCGGAAUUGUGAUCGAGGACACAGCUGACCACUAUUCUUGCCUACCCACGGAUAUAUACAAAGCUGACAUGUCUUCGUCCCCUACCAGCAAUGGCAAUUGGCACGGCACACUGGAUCUCGGCAAAAUUAUCAAUGCGGGUUCCAGGGAGGAUGACGCUACAGUAGAAGAGGACAGGAUCACUGUGUCUAUUACCGCUCAUAUGACGGCUGAUAGCGGAGAAGUGAAUGAGGUGCAUGACUUCGGCGUCACCGUCGCGGUAGAAGACCUCAUCUGGGCCGCACAGGCUCCAGUCACGGUCUUAUCCCCGGUCAAGGUGCUUGAAAUGAACGAAACACCUGUGUUCACUAUAGAGCCUAAAACUGGGACGACGGCAUACAUUAAUCGACCAAGCAUCAUUUGGCUGGAGAUGAUUGUUCCCGAUGAUUCCGAAUCCAUCUACGAACUCGAAGUGGUCGCACCAACCAACACGACGAUAGACUUCAAAGUGUGCAGCGUUUCUGUGAUCUACGUAGGUGAUAAUAUUGCCUGUGUACGGGAUGUACCUGCCCAAUAUUUCGUCGACGAGAACGCCACCUUGACCAACAGAGCCGUGCUGUCCUUGGGUGCUAUCAAGAAUAAUGAAAAUAUGGUUCUGCUGUCAGUCAUAGUCAAAGUUGAAGACCAUCCUCAGGUGCAGAACGGAACCGUUGAAUGGGUCAGUGUGGGUAUCAUGCUAACCAACGAUACCAUGUGGGUCGGUCAGGUGGUUAUAAACGUUCUACGAAACACCGUGAGGAACAUAAACCCAAAUUCGCUGUCCCCCUAUGUUGGACUUGAGCUGACCAGCAAUCUCACCAGCGAUGUCCCUGCGGGGUAUUUCCUCAGUUAUACAGUGUACGUCAAAAUACCACCCCGAACUUCAUUGAGGUAUGCACUCAACGCUACAUCUCUGUCGGAGGGAGUGUCCAUCUGCACAAUGUCCAUUGCAGACAGCGGCGAGCAUCUACCCUGCAUGGACAAAACACUGAAACCCACCUUCUCCGAUUUCCCCGGAACUUACCACCAUCAGUCUGCGAGCCUUGACUUAGGCCCAAUAUCAAGCUACGGUCCGGAAACCUGGGAGGUGAACAGAACAAAAGAGUACACUGCCGACACUAUCAAGAUAGAUCUUUAUGUCAAGAUGACGACAGAUGCCACCAAAGUGGUAGGAACACACACCAUCGAGGUGAAACUCUUCUCGUCUGAUGGAAACGAGGAAAUGGACAGAGAUGACAUUCAGGGAACAAACACGCAGCUUGACAUCACCUCUAACGACACUGUGAAUCUACCGCCAAAUGUCACGUUCUUCAUGGUGGAUGUUUACGAUACCCUUGCUGAAAAUAUGACCUAUGAGAUCGGCCGUGGCGAAGCGAAACGAUUCCUUCUCGAUGUGGAGAUCUCUGAGCCUUUUCUUGCGGAGGUGGAGGUUAAGUUCUUCACACCUUUGAACAAUGACGAUGGUGAUGUGGAGAUAUGUGAUGCGCAUGUUCUUAGUAUUGGUAGUAGCUUCCCCUGUUUACACCGUUCAGAGGUGCAAGCUCAAUACGACCAGAGAUCUGGUAUGGCUGUAAAAGAUGUGGCAGUUCUGGAUCUGGGAUAUGUGUGCUUUGUUCCAUCAGAUGAGGAAGAUAACGAUCGGAACAAGAUUCGAUUAGAAGGCAUCAUGAAGAUCCGUGAGAAUUCGACUGUGACGGCAGCCAAUGUGACGUCGAGUGUACGUGUGGGAGACACAUACAUAAUCCUGACGGAUAUGACCAUGACUGUGUUGGAUGAGGCUACCAUGCCAGAGUUCAAAUUCAUGAACGAGACCAAUUCUACCUUACCCGGUCUUAAGUUCAAUUUGACAUCAGACAAUAUGACGAUUGGGGAAAUUAUGACGAUUCCGGUGAUGGUCUCAAUACCGGCCAACUCCUCCAGUGAAGUACAUGUGGACAUGAAGCUCCAAGUGAAUGACUCCGCCCACAUGACUGUCAAAGAUAUGCGUGUCAUUUCGGGUGGAAGAAACCUGGCCUGUCUGUACGAUUUCAACAACGUUAACUAUACUUACCGUUCAACCCAAGACACAUCCCAAAUCGACUUUGGCAUCGUCUAUUUGGGUCUUGUAACAAAUACUGGAUUUACCUAUCGAUCCGACGAGUUCCAGGAAGUUGACGACCAGAUUCUGGUUGAAUUUGACGUUCAGAUGGCGGACAGCAUUCAGAACCUCGAAGGCUCCUAUCACGAGGUCAGUGUGGCUGUUGAGUACGGCGGAAUCAUUAUCCUAUCAUCACAUUACAUAAAGGUAGUCAGGACCAACUACGAAAAGCCGGAACUGGAAAUAAUCGCGGACUUCAACUACACAAACCCUUUGUCCAAAAGCGACACACUGUUGGUGAACGCCAAACUUAGGCACUUGAACACUUCCACAGCAGAGGGCAUCAAUGUGACUGCCAGCUUCUACCUGCCGCCUUACGUGACAUUCCUGACCCUGAACUAUACCAGUAUGGAGGCAACAGUAGAUCGUCCCGAUGGAUCCGUGGUACGCAUUGAGUUUCCACAGUUGCUGUUCACGGAUUUUGUUAUGUUUGGAAUUUUUCUGCAAGUCUUGUCCAAUGCUAGCACCCCAUCCUCGCUCGUGGAGGCUAUCACACCGUAUGAAGCCAGUUUUACGAUGUAUCCACGGGAUGACAACACUUACACAGGACAGUUUUUCACCACGGAGCUAAAAGACAUCUCAUAUAGGGUUACAGCCAUGUCCGAUUCCGACUGCUCCACUGCUCUGGGAAUACAAGAUGGCCGCAUCCUGGACUGCCAGAUUUCCGGUUCCGUCUCACCAGAUUCCUCCAAACUACCUCAACACGGCCGCUUGGGCGCCGCCUCAGGCUGGUCACCAUACCAACGUACUGGGAAGUUUGAGGGACACCGCUACAUGGAGGUGUACUUCGGUAACAAGACCAAAGUUUCCUCCAUCCGUCUACAAAACGUCAAUGGGCCUCCUGAUUCACCAUCGAAACUGCAAAUAUUUUACAGUGACGACGGCCUAGCUUGGUAUGCGGGAGACAAGAUCAUUCCAAGCCCAAUUGGCGCAGCCUCUGUAGAUCUACCAGUGAUAACCCCAAGAGAGUCUCGCUACAUACGCAUUUACAUUCUGGAGAGCCAGAAUCCAAACGCGGGCCCGAUGGAAUUGCAAGUGGAGUUUUUUGGUUGCGUCCUGUCCUCGGAUAUCCUAGAUGCUUGCCCUGACACUUUAACUCCAAUGCCAGAGUUCAAAGAGAGGUCUUUCCUGUUUGAUGGAACCAGUGUAUAUGCGUGCGAUGCGGACCCAAACAAUGAUCUUACAAUGCGUUGUGUCGCCUCAUCGGAUGGGUCAAAUUGGCGAGUAUUGGACAAAUCUGUGGCAAACGUGAUCGGGUACAGUAGCGCCACCCAAGAGAUCUACGCCUUGGCCAGCGAUAAAGUUAGCUACAUGAGCAGCAUUGACAGUGGCCAGACUUGGAGCUGUAUCUUACCUCAGAUGUGGAACAGUGUUAAAUCUGGGGCUACCCCUCAGAAAGCCGUACCAUGGGACGCUAGAGCGGAAUUGAAACAGGCUACUCCACACGCAGAUUUCACACUGGGACCGUGGGGCGCUUUAGCAGACGGCCUCUACUUCAACAGCGGGACCUGGGCGAAGCGCUUAGAUUGGAUGAACUGUUGCUAAGGUGGCUCUGUUGAAUUCGGGAGCAGUUCUAGCGGCCAUGUCCUAACAGAGUGGAAGUAGAGAAACGGUGUAAUUAGGCAGCGAUUUAGGCAAUCAAAAUGACGGAUGCUAAACGAUAGCUGUUGUAAGGUACAUCGAGGCGGUGCAGCGUGUUGAAUGUAUAUUGUUCUUAUUAAUGUUGAAUUGAAAUAGUGCAUUGUGUUUCUUUAUACAUUAAUAAAAUAUCUUGUAUAUAUAUCUGCUUGUUUAAGACGUUCAAUUUUAAAUUUAGCAUAUGUUUUUAUCCUAUAAUAUUGAUAUCUGUGAUCUACGUUUUUUUUUCUCACCUCUAAACUCUCAGGUGUACGACGUUUAAUGAGAUUUUGUCCUUGAUGCCUAAGUUUGCAAUUCUGUCCAACCUGGCAUGUAUAGCCAUGUAAUACACGUUUUAGCCAUUGUGCACUGUGUCAUAUUGUGACUAUACAAGUAUUGUGAUGAUUAUACAUAUACUAACACAAAUGCACAAUAUGUGGACAGUGAAUACCUUCCUUAGAUUAUGGAAUUGUUACGGGAUUAUUAAUACAACAAAAGGUAUAUAGAGAUGAUUGAAAUAUAUAUAUAUUAUAUAUUUCGUAUGUUUUAAAAAGGUAUGUGAGAUGCUACAGCCAAUAGCCUCAGGGAAAUGACCCGCCCACUAUUAGUUUUCUGAAGUAACCAAGUGAUUAGCUAUAUUAUAUGGAAACGAUAUAUAUAGAAUAUCCCUGUUCCUUCAGAGCUGAACAAAAAGAAUUUAAGCAAAAGUGAGACUGCUGAUAUUUAAAUGAAUAUGUAAAUACUUCUAUCGUAGGUUCAUUAUCUGGUUAUAUCUUAUAUGCAUGUUCAAACCCAAGGCUUGGAACUGUCAUAUGUUGAUUUACUCAGACUUAUGAGAGUUUUGAGUUUGUGAUGUGAUAUACUGAAUCCGUGUAAGACUGCUGCACUGUUGUCUGUGUUACUUUAUUGUUACCAACGACGGGCGUUAUAUUACUUGUUGUCCAAAGUAGUAAUAAAGGAAAGCUCACUUUUCAGAAAUACAA